AUGUCUCACAUCUCUAUCCCUAAGAUCCCAAAAACGCAAACCGCAGCCACCGUCCCAAAGCUCGGCGCUGGAGUUAAAUUUGUCUAUGAUUAUCCGGUCCCCCAACCCGGGCAGAAUGAGAUUCUUGCGCAAGUUCUUUACACGGGGGUCUGUCAGAGCGAUCUUCAUACCCAGGCUGGGACCGCCUCUGGACCGGACGGCAACCCGAUAACAAAGAUUAAACUUCCGCACGUUGGUGGACAUGAGGGAAUCGGAAAGAUUAUCGCACUGGGACCCGGCUGCGAUGAAGACAUCAAGAUCGGCAGUUUUGUUGGCAUCAGAUUUGCAAGCCGGGUUUGCAGACGAUGUGAGUUCUGCCUGGCCGGGACUGAACAGUACUGCGUCAAAAGCACAAAUCACCUACAUCACGAGGACGGCAGCUUCCAAGAGUACAUCGCUCUGGAUGCGGGAUACCUCACACUACUUCCAGAUGACAUCGAUCCGGCUAUCAUGGGACCAGUAUUGUGCGCCGGCCUGACAUCAUACAAGGCCGUCAAAAAUGCGAAUGUCAAAGCCGGAGACUCGGUAGUCGUGGUUGGAGCAGGUGGUGGGCUGGGUCACUUGGCAGUUCAGUACGCCCGAGCGCAAGGAGCACUGGUCGUCGCAGUGGAUGGUGGCCUCGAAAAGGGCGGAUUUGUGAAAUCCAUCGGCGCGAGCGACUACAUCGACUUCAAAACCACCCCCAACCUCGUCCAGAAGGUUAAAGAACUCACAAACGGUGGGGCAAACGCUGUCAUUGUAACAGCAGGAAACCCUAAAGCUUUUGCUCAGGCUGCAGACAUGCUCAAAGUCGGUGGCACGCUGAGUUGUGUAGGGAUUCCUCCUGAGAAGAGCUUCAUUGAAACUCCGAUAAGUGCCAUUGUGAUCAAGGGUCUUCACAUCACGGGCAAUCUUGUAGGGUCUCUCAAGGAAUGCUUGGAGGCGGUUGACCUUGUUCGGCGUGGGGUUGUGAAACCGAAGGUUUCAAUUCGCAGCUUCGAAGACCUGCCCGCAGUGUAUGAGGAACUCCAGAAGGGAGAUAUUAUGGGGCGAAUUGUCCUCAAAGUUGCUAAAGACACUGAUUGA